AUGCGCUUCACACUCGCUACCAUCGCUUUCUACGCGACAUACGUCCUGGCUCAGACCGGACAGAAUGCCAUCUCAAUCCCACAGGGUCAGUCAACGCUUGACAUCACAGCCGGCCAGCAGACCACGAUUCAAUGGACUGCGCCAUCAGCUGGUGACGUGACCAUUCUUCUGCAAUACGCUGGCAACGACCAGCUCGCCGACAGCGGCAUCACACUUGCUUCCGGCAUCCCAGCCUCGGCCCAAGAAGCCUCCUUCACCAUCCCCGCCGACGCCGUCACCUCCGGCACAGAUUACACAAUAGUCAUCGUCGACGAUACCACGCCCAUAAACCGCAACUACGCACCCGCUUUCACUGUCGCAGGCGCCGAUGGCACUGCCUCGCUCCCUACCGGCGGCGCGACCGCGACCUCCGGCUCUGCAUCCACUCGCACAGGCUCCGCCACGACCGACAGCACUGAUGCAACCAUCACCAGCGCCACAAGCUCAGACAGCUCAAGCGAGACCAGCAACGCCACAUCAUCGCGAUCGUCCGCCAGUCGCACAUCCAGCAGCAGUGCCAGCUCGACUGCGAGUGCAACGGAGGCGCCAAGCUCGAAUAAUGGUGCCGGUUCGCUGACCGUGGCUGGCGGCCUUGCGGGCUUUGCUGCGGCGGUCGCUGCGCUUCUGUAA